GUAGGGCUUUUCGGAAAAUUUGAAGUGGAACGUAGCGUGAGUAACUCGAGUGUCACGAUGGUCGCGUCCGAUGUUGAGGAUGUGGAAAUGAAGUCUGUCGACGGAGAAGGUGUGCGGGAAGCGGCGGGCGCGGAGACGAAAGACGCUGACGCACUGACUCUCGAAGAUAUCAGAGAACAUGCGCGUCUCUUGGAGAAAUCCGUGGCGUCCAAAGAGCCGCGAUUUGCGAUGCGGGUCCUGCGCACGCUGCCAACGACGAGACGGCGGCUGAACCCUGCCGUUGUCCGGCGCCUCAUUGAGGGCUUCUACACGCACUCACCCGCCGAACGGGAUAAUCUCCUGAAAUUUGCCGGUGGCCGAGUGACUGACGAGACUAACGAAGCGACGUUCAAGCCGCUUCGCAACUUGAAACACACGGCCUCCCCGCUGCUGCCAGAGGUGGACGUGUAUCUCAACCUGCUGGUGCUGCUUCGGGCGCUGGAUUCGGGCGACCACGCGCUGGCUGCCGACUGCUCGGACGCCCUCAUGGACAAGGUCGUGUCGCUGGACCGGAGGACGUUGGACGCCAUCUCGGCCAAGUGCUACUUCUAUCAUGCACGCUGCUACGAGUUGACCAACAAGUUGGCGACCAUUAGAAACUUUCUCCAUCGACGGCUGCGGACGUGCACUCUUCGCAACGACUUCGAAGGCCAGGCUGUGUUGCUCAACUGCCUGCUGCGGAAUUACUUGAGCCAGUCGUUGUAUGACCAGGCGGACAAGCUGGUGAGCAAGUGCCAGUUUCCUCCGAGUGCCUCCAACAACGAGUUGGCCCGCUACAUGUACUACCUGGGCCGGAUCAAGGCCAUCCAGCUGGAAUACUCUGCGGCCCAGCGUCAUCUCACGCAAGCCCUGCGCAAGGCCCCGCAGCAUGCUGCCGUGGGCUUCAAGCAAACGGUUCAAAAGAUGCUCGUCACGGUGGAGCUGCUGCUUGGUGAAAUUCCAGAUCGACAGACGUUUCGCCAGAAUCACAUGCGCAAGGCUUUAGGACCGUAUUUUGAGCUCACGCUUGCCCUCAAGACGGGAAAUCUACAGGGUUUUAGUGACACUCUGUCGGCUCACGGAGCCAAGUUCCAGCGCGACGACACUUACACAUUAAUCGUCCGCCUGCACCGGAACGUGGUGAAGACAGCGAUCCGCAUGAUUGCGAGCGCGUAUUCACGAAUCCCACUGAGGGACGUGGCCGCCAAACUCAUGCUCGACUCGCCGGAGGACGCUGAGUUUGUCGUGGCCAAGGCCAUCCGCGACAACGUGAUCGAGGCGGUGAUCAACCACGACGAGGGCUACGUGCAAAGCAAAGACGUGCAGGAUCUCUAUUGCACUAAGGAACCGCAGCAGGCCUUCCACCAUCGCAUCUCUUUCUGCUUGGACAUCCAUAAUCAGUCCGUCAAGGCCCUGCGCUUCCCGCCCAAGUCCUACCAUAAGGACCUUGAAGAGAGUGCAGCCGAGCGACGAGAACGUGAGCAGCAAGAUUUGGAGUAUGCCAAGGAACUAGCGGAAGAUGACGACGAAUAUUGAAUUCCUUAUUCCUCGUUAUUUUCGGAGCUGAGCGUCGUCUUGAUUCCGCGCGUGUUUGUGUUUGCUUUGUCUCACUGUUUUCGUCUCUUCCCCUGUUCUUGUUUCUGCCUAUUUUGUGAAUGGAUAUAAUAUUGUCCAUCCGUUGUACAAAAUGGAUGGAUGACUGGAAUGCAGAAACACGCGAGUUGGUUUUUGCCCUGUGGCGGAAAGAAAUUUCAUGUUCCCGGUUUCGAACCGGAGGGGGAUGUGACGGAAGCAAGUAUUCACCUUCUUGGGAUAGAUCGACAAAUGUAAGAAAAAGUCGAUGCCGUCGUAUCAUUUUUUA